CAGGCCUCUGCUGAAAAGAGACUUUCAGCCGAGUCAGACUAUCCUGUAAAUAAACAAAGUACAGUUCACUUCUGCUUAAGUGUAAAGACGUGGUAAAUUAAGGUGAGAUGUAUGGAAGUUGCUGCUGUGCAUACUUGGGAGUUAUUCUUUUUCAGGAUCACCCCACUUUCUAAAUCGAGUGAGGUAAGCUACUAAUGUCACUUACUCUGCAUCGCAAUCCAAACUUAACACCCAAGCAUCAGCUGUUUUGAACUCAUAAUCCCGUUAUAAAGUCAUUUUUAACUAUUAUGAAAUUAUUUCAGCUACUUCGGAGUGCAAAGUCAACACAACUAUUGAAAAAAAAAAAGAUAUAUUGGCAAGAGGUAACAUUCUGCUACUUGUUAUCGUCCUCUACUAAAAGAAUACCCGUUCUACUGCCUACAGGAAGUGAUAUUGCUGGCGGACUCUUUAUACGUUGGACCUGGUGCUGCAAAGCAACGCUCGUGGAAGUACUCGUUUCCCAUACGUGAAGUACUGGGAGGAUUUGCUAUUGGGGUAAUCAGCAAUGUCUUCUGUUGUCAAAGAUCAAGACCAUUUUCAGCGACUGAACUUCUUGUACCAGGCUGCUCACUGUGUCUUGGCCCAAAACCCAGAAAACGAGGAACUGGCACGAUUCUACAUUCAUACAGGAAGAAAUGUCUGCAAAAGACUUGUACUGAGACAGGAUCCCUCUGUAAAGCGAACCAUAUGCAAGAAGUGCUCUUCUCUUCUUGUUCCUGGAAUUACAUCCUCUGUGAGACAAAGAAGAUGGAGUCGCAAGAGGAGGGCAACUGUUGUAAGGUGCUUAUAUUGUGGCCUUUCUAAAACCUUCAUCAACAAUCCAAAUCACAAACUGUGGUGUGAACAAAAGGAGGCUCAAUUGCAAAACCAGCCUGUGACAGCUCAACCCACUGCAGAGGAACAAAAACAAACCACAAAACGUAUUACCAGUUCAAAGGCUAUACCCCGGCAGAAGGUGCUUGAGGUUGCAGUUCCUGUUGUAGAGCAUGAGCAAGGUACAAUGCUGAAGUCUGUAACACCAGUGAAGGAUAAGAUGGAGUAUCAAAACACUGUAGAGGGACCAGAAGAACCAUGCAGUCAGAAGCAAAAAACUGAAGAUAAUGGACAUACAUUGUAUGGAUUUUCAGCUUCUGAUUCACCUAACAGUGGUAUUGACAAAGCUAAUGUCAGUGAAAAAGCUGACAAAAGUCUAAAACUUGCUGAGCUUGAUGAGCCCUCUUUGGUAGAUAAAAGUAAUAGUGCUAAUCAGUGUUCAGCAUCUGACCAAAGUUGUCUUGUGGCACACCUACAAUCAGAUGUUUUCUGCCAUCCUACCAGUGAAGGACAACAAACUGCACUCAGCAGCUUUGUAUCACAUGAUACCUUGCAGGAGGGAUUACAAGAGGAGAUACAACAUUUGAAAUUACAGCUUCAGGCUCUGGAGAGUGCUACCACUUCUCAUACUGUGUUACAGGAGACAUUAGCCACAGGUUUUUCUAACCUGCAACAAACUAUAUCCACAAGUGUAGCUUCCUUGCAACAAACUGUUUCCUCAGGCCUUGCAGAUAUAACUGAAGCUUUGUUCCAGAAUGUAGCGACUGUGAAGGACAUGACAGAAGUCUGUCUUAAUUUGCGACCCAGUUCUAGGGGGAUGCAAACAUCUCGAAGUGGACUGGCACUUUCCAGACGCACAGGCUCAAGUUUUUCGCCAGACAAACUUCCGCGGGACCGAAACAGCAGCACAAAAACCUCUCCUGUGACAACAGAGGCUGCUGGAAAGACAUCCUCCAUGUCAGAGUGGAUGCCCCGACUACGCCGCACUGCUGCUCGUAACGCAUCUAAUUCCUGUAGUGGCCAGGUAGCAGGAAGACAGCAGCAGGACAUUGUUUAAAGUGAAAUAUGGAAUGAAAUGUUGAACCAUUUUGUUUUCAUGUUAUUUAGAUUUGAGUUUAUUUAUUUCUAGCAAAGAUGCUUGAAGUUAAGGACAAUUGCCGUAAUGUUUUUCUGGUUAUUAUAUGCUGAUAUUGUCAAGCUUUUUUGUUGGGAGUUGAAGGGUUCUCUGAUUUUUGCACCAGUGUUGCAUGAUUGAGUGACACUUUUCCUUUAAAGUGACUGUGUUUUGAUUCCUGCCCUUUGAUGUGCAUGGCGCCUUCAUGUAUACCAUCAUUGCUUUGGUUGUGUAAGAAUCUUCAGUGAUCAUUUUGAGGGCGGUCUGCUUCAUUACAGUGUUUAUGAAGUAUUCCAUCAGUAGCAGGAACACAAACAAAUGCAAUAAUCAAGCACAUUUGUGCUGUUGACACCCUAGCAUAUCUCUCGUCUCUUGUCUGUAGCAACAUUUCUUGUUCUCACUGUUGCAUAUAGUAUGUCCUUCUGUUACAGUAUUCCUGACUUAAGGGAGUUGUCUGCCAUGGCAACGACUGUCAGCCAGUGUACCAAAUUCUUUUACUACCUAAGGUGUCUGGUACAUCUGACAUUGGCUUACAGCAGACGUCGACCAUAAGAGACGUACAUAUGCAGCACCCUCAGAACUUCUUUGCCACCAGUCGGAUCACCAGUCCCUGAUGUCGUUCUGCUGUCGGAAUCACUAUUCUUGAGAUCAAGUGCCCUGUUGGGGAAACCUUUGUUUUUUGCUACCUUUUUUUUAUCUUUGAGGUUCAUGUCAGUCAAAAAGGGGAAGUGUGACUUUGGAUGACAAGAUUCCUCAUAAAGACAGUCAUACUCUGUGCCUUUUUUGCCUCUGUCCUCAGAACGAUCACAAAUCCUGUGCUAUUUGCCAGUCCUUUGUCCCAAAAUCUCUCAAGACUGUUAUCCUCCCUUGCGAUAUACCUUGAAAAUCAACGUCUCAGUCUUCUUGCAAAAAGCGCGAUGGGCACUCCUCUGGAUCCGACUACCGAGCCUAUAAAAUGGAAAGCCAAAAACCAUAAGCCCGAAUCCAAACCUGCGCCUCCCGAAUCAGAUGCAUCUCCCAAAGCACAUGAGAGCUUGGAGACGCUUACCAAGCGAUAUCUGAAUACACAGAUUGAGCUCGCUUCACAGGCGGUCUUGGCCCCAGAUGUUUGCAUGUCACGAGAGGCUUCUCAAACAUCAGUCUCCGUCCAGGGGGAACCGAGGCUUAUAGUGUUGGAGGGCCAUUGGGUGAUUACCCAGAUUGUCAUUAGAGAGGAUGUCUAAUCGAAUAUUGUAGAGUGCAGGCCUACGUCUGGCCCCCCAUUCUUUGCACUGCAUAAAUACGUCUGCAAAGAAGAAACAAAAAAAAAAAAAAAACAAACAUGUUUCUCCUUCUCCUGAUCCACUGAAGGAGUGGUUGAACUUUUCUCAAGGCUUUUUCAAGUCCUUUAUGGCCAUUAGGCCUCCAUCAGGUCAUGCUGCUUCCCCUAUGCCCACGCCUUCUUAUCCCUAGGAAGAGACCUAAGGCCCCAUCUUAUCUGUGAUGAAGACUCCUCUUCUGAGUAGGAUGAGGAAUUGGACUAUUCCUCCCAAAUUCCUUCCCCUUUAAAUUAUGCUUCCCCCAAAGAACUCCAAUGGGACAGAGUCCCCCAUCGAGCAGAUUUCUUUCUGGGAGACUAUCUCCAAAGGGCAGGACACUUCAAGUGGGACUCCACAGAGUUGUCAGAGGUCCAGAAGUGCUAUUAUGACCUCCUCCAAGUUCAGACCCCCAGUCCUUCAGUCAUCCCUCCUGUAAUCCCUGCAUUUCUGGAUGUGUCCACCCACCCAGGCUCACAGCUCCCUGCUCCUAAAAAACUGAUGGGUACUACAGAGUACCCAAGCACUGCCAGUUCCUUUUUAAGGCACAUGCUGCAGAUCCUACAGUUAUCUCUGUUGCCUCUGAUAAGGCAUCCAAGUCCGUUCCUUCCUCUUCUUUGCUGCCCUCAGACAGUUGGAAAGGUUGGGAAAGAAAAUCUAUAUUUCUGCCACCCUGGUCUUCAGAGCUUUAAAUUAUCACACAUACAUGACCAGGUACAACUUGGAACUCCUUUCCCAGGUCUCUAAAUUGGUAUCAGAUAUGCCAGGCUCUGCAUAUAAGGCCCUGGCAUCCUCUGUCCUUGCCACCUCAUCUCAAGUAGCCAGACAUUCUAUCAAGUGCACCUAUGAUGCAGUAGAAGCCUCCUCCUAGGAAUGCCACUUCCUCUUCUGUCCUUUGAAGAUUUGCCUGGCUAAGGCUUCAACCUCUACAUAAAGAUAUCAAGGCAAAACAGACGUAUGCUCCCCUGGAUUAUAAUGCCCUGUUUGGGAAACCUUCUGCAGAGCUCUUCAAAUCUCUGCAGGAAAAAAAAUCAAAUAUCUUAAGGAUCUAAAACACAUUUUGGUAUCCCCUGUGCCUAAAUUUCACACGAAUUAUCCUGCAAAACAAACUUUGGUAUGCAGGCAAUCCAGAGCACCUCAAUCUAGACCCCCAAAAGAUGGCUAAGAAGACCCACCAAUUCCAAUGCUUCUACCCAUCAUAUAACCAAACGGCCCUUUCUUGAUCAAACUGGCUCAUCUUCGUGACUCUGGCAACAACUUAAUUCCCCUGUCCCAGCCUUCCUGGGAACUCAUUAUUCAGGACUCUUGGGUGUUAAGUAUCAUAAAAAUGGUUUGGCACAAAUUGCCUGCCAUCAGGGGAAUUUCCCUACCACCAAAGGAUCGGCUCCCCCUUUUCCUGCCAGGUCAUCUAGAACUCCUACAGCAAGGCACCAUAGAACCUGUUCCCCUUGGGGAAGAGGGUAGGGACUUUUACUCUCAUCUUUUCCUAGUUCCCAGGAAGGAAGGACGCUUGAGACCAAUCCUAGAUCUCUCCUACCACUACAGUUUCCUCAUAAUCUCCUCUUUCAAAAUGUUAACUCUACAAUCACUGUUUUCUCUUGUCCUUCCUCAGGCAUUUCCUGCUUCAAUAGAUAUGAAGGAUGCUUACCUCCAUAUCCCAGUUCACCACAGAUCCUGGAGAUUCCUAUGAUUUUCUGUGGGAUCCUCACACUGUCAUUUCUCAGCUUUGCCUUUUGGACUCUCUACAGCUCCAAUAGUCUUCACAUAAAAUGUCUAGUUCAGGUAGUAGCCUUUUGCAUACCUGGAUGACCUCUUAAUCCAAGCCACUUCUCAAACAGAAUUGAAUAAAUCCUUCCAAAUGGCAACUGCCAUUCUUCAAAACCUGGGAUUUGCCAUCAUCUUCCAAGAAAUCAUCACUGGACCCAGCCCAAGAUCUCAUAUUUCUGGGCUGCAGAUUACAAACCCUGAGCAUAAUAGUCUCUCUUCACCUUCCAAAGCUCAGGAGAUCUCACUAAUCUUUGCAGAGACACUCCAACUAAAUCAGAUUUCUGCCAGACAUUUCCUCAGGAUCUUGGGCCUAAUGGCUUCCACCAUCCCAAUGCUUCCUCUGGCAAGGCUUCACAUGAGGAAACUUCAGUGAUUCCUCAAAUCAGUGUGGUCUCAGCAUGCUCAUCAUCUAGAACAUCUGGUUCCGCUCCUCCCAUGUCUAAAGCAGGAGCUCCAGUGGUGGAUCUCAGAACUAUCUGUAAACCCAGGUCUUUCUCUCUUCACCCAUGCCACCUACUCAGACCUUAUUUACAGAUGCUUAGGACAUGGGCUGGGGGGUGGCAUUAGACCUCCACACAGCUCAAGAGCAGUGGUCUUCCUCCCAAAUGAACAAACACAUAAAUGUGAAAGAAAUUAUGGCACUGAUUUUAGCCCUCCAAACCUUCAAGUCACUGAUCAGACCAGGGAGAUUGUGUGUACACAUAGGUAACUUGACAGUCUUGUGGUACAUAAACAAGCAGAGAGGUGCAGGGAGGUACAAGAUCCUAUCUCCUGUGCAGAUCUAGCUUGUUAUCUAGCUGUAUUUCUCCAAGCGGUGUACAUCCUUUCCAGCCAGAAUACAGUGGCAGACACCCUAAGCAGAUCCAGGACAUAAGCCCACGAAUGGAUGUUUCACAGGGAUGUGUUCUUAAACAUUGUCCACCAGUGGGGUAUUCCAGAGAUAGUUUGUCUCCCCCAUGAACAAACAGCUUCCUCUGUUUUGUGCUAGAAAAUGCCAUCCUCAGGCAUGGAGAGUGAAUGCCCUUUAAGUAUCAUGGAAGGGGAAAUUCCCACAUGCAUUCCCUCCCCUUCCACUCAUCCCCAAAGUCCUGUUGAAAGAAAUCUUGCUGGUGGCUCCCUAUUGGCCAAGACAGCAUUGGUUCCCCCUUCUGUUUCACCUAGCCAAGGGCAGUCACCACAUGUUAACACGGAACAAGAGCUCUCUCCUACACCCACAUCUGGAAGUUCUCCAAUUAACUCUGUGGGUGAUAGAACCUUAAUACCAUUCAGACACCUUUACUCUGAGGAUUUGCUUCAAUUAUUGCAGGAGGCCAGGAAUCCUACUAGAAAAUCUUGCCUCUCCCAAUGGAAGAUGUUCUCUGUUUGGUGUCAAGCUAGGAAUCAAGACCCAUUGAAAGCACUCCUGCCUAUGGUUCUGUCCUAUCUGUGUGAAUUGCUUAAUCCAGGAUUAACAUACUCUUCAAUCAAGGCUCAUUUGACAUCCAUUUCUGCUUUUUUACCACUAAGUGAUCCCUUAGCUUCCAGAUUCGAAGCUAAACAAUUUCUCAAAAAUGUCCUUCAUAUCAGACCCCCCCAGGAGACUGGUGGCUCUACCUUGGGACCUCAGCUUUGUAUUAAAGAAGUAAACUCAAGCACCGUUUGAACCUGCUUCCUCUAGCUCACUCACACACUGCACAUGGAAGACCAUCCUCGUAGUGCCCAUUACCUCUUCAGGCGGGUCUCAGAGUUAACAGGCCCUUAUGGCUUCUCCCCCUUCUUGUCUUUCCAUAAAGACAGUGUGUCCUUGCGGACCAAUUCCUCAUUCAUGCCUAAGGUUGUCAAUGAAAUUGUCCCUAAACCGGGCAAUUCACUUGCCAACUUUCUUUCCCUCUCCCCAGAACAAUAGUGAGAGGAUCCUGCACACUCUGGAUGUGCACAGACAGCUCAGGUUUUACUUACAUAAGACUAAACCCUUCAGGAAAGCAGACCAAUUAUUUCUGUCUUUCUGUCACCGGGCUGUGGGAGUGUCUGUGUCUAAACAGACCAUCUCUACUUGGAUAUCCACAUCUAUUGCCUUUUGCUACACCCGCCACGGUAAGGUUCUCCCUGGCUCAGUCAAAGCUCACUCUACCAGAGCAGUAUCUUCUUCAGGGGCCUUCCUUAGGGGUUUGGAUACCAACUUUAUCCUAGAAACCGCUACUUGGGCUUCUGUCCACACCUUCACCAAACACUAUAAGCUGGACUCCAUCUGUAGGUCCAGGGCAGGGUUUGCCAGGGUCAUUCUCCAUAGGUUCCUUGAAAGUUCCUCUGCCACUUCCUCCACCCUUUCCUCAUGAGCUUUUGUAAUUUCCCUUAAGUCAGGAAUACUGCAACAGAAGAAUAGGAGGACAUAGAUUAGUUGUGUAAGAACUUACCGUAGUGAUAGAUGUCCUUCUUUUUUCUGUUGCAGUAUUCCAACAGUCUGUCCUUUCCCCCACUUUUGACCUUUCUUGGAUGCACAGAUCUUCAUUCCUUUAGACUGUCUCUCUGCCUGGGGCUUCAGUUCUAUGGGUGGUGCGUGCAUACGUCUCCCUUAUGGACGACUGUCAGCCAAUGUCAGAUGUACCACGCACCUUUGGUAUUAACAGACUUUUGUAUACUGGCCAAAGUUGGGUUGUUGCCUUGGCAGGCAAGUCCCUUAAGUCAGGAAUACAGCAACAGAGAAGAGAAGGACAUCUAUUAUUAUGGUAAGUUCUUACACAACCAGUCUUACUUGAAUAUUUGGGAUAGCAGUUUGGUGCUUGUUCUUCCCCUCUCUGCCUUGUUUAAACACUGAAUGAUGGAAUAAACAUUUUCUCUUGAUUUACUGCACAAA